AUGUUAGAUGUUGAUAUUUUAUGGAGGUCAGUCGGUAAUAUGAAUGCGACGUCUAUUAAGAACUUUCAUACUCUAACGUACGAUCUAGAAGGAACAGAAGCUGAAGAAACUAUUAUUGGUGGGAGUUCCACAGGACAAAUGCAUAAUACUCUGGGCAAUAAUCUUAAUCCUCAUUCGGCUAAAAAAAAUCACGAUGAUAAAGAAAAAAGACAACCAAACCAUCGGUCAAGUUCAACAGAAGAGUCGAAACAAAACUUUACAACUGAGCUUGUGAAUAAAUCUAAUGAGGGACAGUGGAAUUUAAUUAAAGUUCGUGUAGGUUUUGAUGUUACACGUAAAGGUGAAAGAAGUCUAGUUAUCAAUGGAUAUAAAUUUACAAAAUCAAGAGAUGGUAUGGGUGAUCGUGUAUUUUGGCGAUGUUCUCGUCGUGAAUGCAAAGCUACAGCAGUUACUGUUUCAAAUAAGGUAGAGCAUAUACGAUCGAUUCAUUCUCAUUUGCCACCAGUAGCUGCAGAAUUUUUUUCUGAAGAUUCUUCUCGUUGUGAACAAGAAGUGCGAUUUAACAAUUUAGUCUAUACUCAACGUUCUCGCAUCCGUAGACGUAGCCAACCGAGUCCUUCUAUGAAACUAUCAAAACAAUCAGUAACGAAAUCCUGUUUUCUUGAACAAAUAAAAGAAUUAGCCAACACAACUUCAUGUUCUGUAACACCAAACGCAGUUUCGCAUAAAAACUAUUCUUCAAACCUAAGAAGUAUGGAUUGUUCAAAUGAUUUAUGCAUUGAUUCAAGUGAAUAUGCAUCUCCUAUAAAGAAAAGACAUUGUUCUGAUCAAGACCUAUCUGAUUACUCAACUUUACAAACAAUGUCUGCUCUUUUAACUAAAUGGGUCGAUUCGAAACAAGUGAAUAUAGGAAACGACGAGGCAAAAGAAGAUCUCUCUAAUAUUUCAAAAUGUAUUUUACCUCCAAAGAAAUUGUCAGAUAAUAUCUUGACUAGUGAAGAAUACCAGUUAUUCAAUAGUAAUUCAGUUUUAGAUGUAAAUAAUUCUUCGAACGUUUAUGAGGAUUCCUUGUCAAAAGUAUCAAAAUCAGAAAGUUUCAAAAAAUUAACUACCCUGGCCACUUCAUCGAACAAUAUUUAUAAUCAUAGUUCAGAAAAUGAUUUAAUAGGAAUAAAUAAAAACUUUCAGAUCAUCACACAGAACGGUACUACUGCUGAUGAAGACGAUACUAAUCGAGACUUUAUAAAUGAUAAUUCACAAAGAAAUUCCAUAAUUAAUAAUAUGUCAAAAACUCAGCAAUCUGAUAUAAGUUCACCUUCAAUAGACGUCAGUUCUCUUGAACACAACUGUCAACGUCAAAUUAUUCUCCUUAAUAACGAACAAUUGAAUGAAUUACUAAAAAUAAUAAAUUACAGUCGAUUCAACAUUACGCCAAUCCAAAGUGAAUCUAUGAAUUCACCUUCUUUACAAACAUCAAGUUUAGUCAAUGACAGUUUGCUUAAUUCUGUUGGGCUGUUCACAGCAUCCGAUCCUAAUUUAACUGGAGGUUUAGCACAGUGCACUACUACUUAUUGCUGUUCAUAUUACCCAAGACUUAACAGUAGAGUUGUGAAUCGCAAUAAUGAUUGUUGUCUACCAUCAUUUCAUCAUAUUUCCAGUUCUACAAACCUAAAUUCAAAUCCAAUUGUAUGUUCUUCUCUCAACAAUUGUUCGAAUAAUUUAUUCAAUAAAAUGUCCAAAUCGAUGGCAGUCAGUGAGAGCAAUAUUGAUGGCUGUGACACUCAUGUAAAUGGUCACAAAUCAUCAUCUCCGAAUUUUCUAAUUCAUUGGAAAAAGGAGAAAAUACGUGAAUCUGUUGAAGAAGACGGAGUCAAUUCGUUGAAUGGAUUCUAUGAUAAUAAUGAUACAUUUUCACAUCAACUCUAUCAAGAUAAAGAUCAUAAUAAUACAUUGGAAAUGGUAGAUAAUUACCAAAUAUCGGUUAAUAAUACUCCUAUGACGAAUUGUUCAUCACAAUUACUUUCUCAUGGUACGAAUAAUAAAUUUUCCAGUUACAAUACAUUCAGUUCAAAUUCAAGGACUACAAAUACUACUAAUAGUUAUGAUAGCAGUAGCAAUAGUAGCGCACGUGAAUUAAUUCAAAGUCAAUCUGAAAUUACCAUUCAGUCAUCAGACGAUGACCAAUUUUUAUAUAAUCAAAUCCAAGAUGGUAUUCUCAUGAAAAUACUUAAUACAGUACAACAGUUAACCGCUAAACUUGAUGCAGAUGCUGAUCCCCCUGAAGUAAUUCAAAAUUGUCGAGCUAUUCAAGCUUGCCUAGAUACAAUUACUGCUAUAAAAAGAGCCAAAUCAAAUCAGUUCUUUAUUGAUAAACAAGAUGAAACACGUUCAACUAAUACACUUGAAGAGUCAAAUGAUAAUUUACAACCCAGAGAAUUCACCUUUAAGAAUCAAGAAAAUUUCCAACUGUUUUCGCCUAAUUUCAUUCAAUCAUAA